UUCAGUCACAUUUUGUCAUAUAUCAUAUGUAUUUUGUAUAACCUCAAACUUGACAUAUUGGUAAAUGUUUAAGUUUUGACUUUUAUCAAAUAAUUUUUUGCAUUCUUUAGACUGGUACAUUAUAUUCAUAAUGACGUUUCAAGUAGAAUUCCAAGCAGUGGUCUUGGCUGCCGGAAAAGGGUCUAGAAUGUCAGAGAUCACAAAUGGAAAACCUAAAUGCCUCAUUCCUGUGGGACCUAAACCUUUGGUUUGGUAUCCUUUAUUCCAGUUACAGACAACAGGGUUUUCUGAUGUCAUUUUGGUGGUUCUCGAAAAUCAAAAAUCGGAUAUAGAAAAAGGUUUGGAUAAAACCGGCUUGGAAAUUCGAAUAGAGUAUGUAACCGUGAGCGAUAACGAAGAUUUGGGAACGGCAGAUAGUCUCAGAUUGCUCCACGAUAAACUCAAAUCUGACGUAUUGGUAGUAUCUUGUGAUUUUAUAACUGACACUAACUUUAGGGGAGUGUUGGAUGCUUUUCGAGCACAUAAUGCAUCGGUGGCCUCUCUAUUCUUACAUCCCCACAGCAAGGAGCCAGUUGUUGUACCAGGACCAAAAUCAAAACAUAAACCAGAAAGAGAUUUGAUCGUUAUCGAUGAACAAACCAGCCGGUUGAUUUUCCUAGCCUCUGCCAGUGACUUUGAAGGUCAGUUUUCCCUACCCAAUAGCCUCGUGAAGAAGCACACGAAUAUUAAAUUAAACAGCAACCUUGUUGAUUCUCACGUAUACGUCCUGAAAAACUGGAUCAUAAAAUACCUAAAAAGCGAGAAUAGUUUCACGUCGAUAAAAGGUGAACUCUUGCCUCACAUCGUCCGAAAGCAGCUGUCCAAACCUCCAGAAUCAGUGGAUACCAAGGGCUCUAUAGUCAAUGUCAAAGAUACUGAGAGUAUUUUUUCUUACGCUGAAAAAGACGGAUUGAAUCUGGCUAUUCUAGAAGCUUCUUCUGUUAAUGAUCAUUUUGGAGAUAUGAAGCCGGCUUAUCAUGGCGACGUGAUACGCUGUUAUGCCUAUUUGGCUCAAAAGGAGGCUUACGGAGUGAGGGUGAAUACUUUGCCUGCUUAUUGGUCGGCUAACAGCAAAAUUAUAGAUAAAUGGAGCAAAAUAACGAACGACCGCGAACUCAUUUUGAAGUCUCCCAAAGCUGUUAUUAAUUCAAACCAAGUUGAUGAUCGAUGUAUUAUCUGGGAAGGGGCCAAGUUGAACGAGAAAACUUCUUUCAAAAAUAGUAUUAUAGGAUCGAAUACGGAAGUGAACAGUUUUAGCAGAGUUUUCAACAGCAUCGUCAUGAAUAACGUGAUAAUUAAUGAAAAGGUCGCUCUAGAAAAUUGUAUAGUUUGUGAUGGAGCGGAAAUCGAAAGCGGUUGUAAAAUCAAGGGAUGUUUGAUUGGUAGCCGGUAUACAGUUCCUGAGGAUUCCGAACACUCCAAUGAAGUUUUGACGGACUCGGAUAGGCUGAUGGAGUUUUGAGGCAAGAGUGUUGGUGGAGUACUGUACAUUAUGUAACAUUACAUAGGACAAUUGUGUUCAAACGUGAGGGAAGCCAGAGACGAGAAAACAUGUUUUCACAAUUUUUUACAGUUCGACGAAAAAAUAUAAACAAUGCAAGUGGCAGAAUUUCAGUCUGAUAUCUGAAUUGAGUUUUUUCGAUUGUAUUAAAAGAUUUUUUCCUUUA